AUGGCCCCAGAAAAACAGAAGCCUGUUAGAAAGCGCCAGAAAUACUCAAGAAAUGGAUGUCUGGCCUGCAAGAAGCGCAAGGUAAAGUGCGAUGAAACCUUCCCCACCUGCGGACGAUGUGCCAAAAUCGGCGCAGAGUGCAUUUAUUAUAGAGUCUUCAAAUUUCAAGGAGUAAGGUCUACGAACCCGGAGCCCGAAACCCCGCACGUGCCUCAUUCGAAGCCAGAUUCUGAGCCGGAGUCGAAUGAUGACACGAGAAAGUCUGUCACUGAAGGGCUUUCGAAUCUGUUGGCGAACCAGGAGAUGCUUUUUGGGGGAAUAGCUGGCCUCUCGGAAUAUUUCGAGAAUGAUAACAACGCCACGGAUCUUCAGUCCCUGUUACCAGACUACGACUUUUCCAGUCUCCAGUUCAACAAUAGAGCACGACAGGCUCCAGACGGUAACUUGUCGACUUCUGAUUCGGUGCUUCGCUAUGACUACCUAUACAAUCUUAGGCAAAGCUUCGAUGAGAGAGACCUGAAUAAGAUCGCUAACUCGCUGCAUAUCAAUGCUUCCGAAUCACUGCAUCUACAGGCCUUUGUGAAGGAUGUGCACCUGAUUCUGUUUCCUUUGGCGACUUCCUACCUGGACUCACCGUUCAUUGUCACUUUUUUAGCAGAAGCACAAAAAAGUAACUAUCUACUCAACGCAAUGUUGGCGUCUGGGGCUCGGUUUCUCACCGAAAAAGCGCGAAUUGACAAGGACAUCCAUUUGGCAAAGUUUGGUGCCCAAGCUGACAAGAGCUACAUUGCCGAGCUCGACACUCAGAUCGAUAUUAACGACAAAUACCGCGUGCACUAUCUUUCCAUCUGUUUUCAGUCGCUCAGGGAUAUAUUGGAAAACAUGAAUAAUUCGGACGAGAAGGUGGAGCCUGCGCUGCUCACGAGUUUGAUUCUUGCGGCAGAUUUGUCCUCAAACAGAGACUAUCGCUGGUCGUUGCACCUUCGCGGAGCAAAGCAAUUUCUUGGGAAAUUCAUGGGAGAAAAGAGCAUCGAUUCUGACUCGCUAAUUCUUGCACGCUACCUCUUCUGUUCCAUGGAAAUAUCCUCAGGAAUAGCCUCUGCCGGUGCAAGCAGCCUGGACUUGGACGAGCUGACUACUUGGAUUCCAAUCCCCUUGAAUCACGGACCGCUCCCUAAGCUCAGCAAAAUGGGAAUGGUUACAGACGGAUACAUUGGCGACAAGUUCUGCGAGGGCGGAUUCAAGAUGUAUCUAGGGUACAGUGAUGGCACGGCGGAGGUGGAGAAGGAGAUUGUGGCUGCGAAACGGAACGAGAAGAUCGAUCCGUUCACCAUAGCACACAUUUUUUCAGUGAUAGACAGGGCCAAGCAAUUUCGAGUCGUGACCAACAAGAUGCCGUACAUGAUUCCAAUCGAUUCGAAAUACCAUCCUUUAUACAAGGGUGCCGACAAGACGCGACUCUCAAUUUCAGGAUAUUACCAUGUGACAUCUGCAAAACUGCGCGCGUUUUUCAUGAGCUCAGAGUCCUUAGAGAGCGACUUUGAGACGUACAGCUGGUUUUCAUUCUACGAUUUCACCCAGAACAUCCGGCUGGAAACACUGUAUUUAUAUGUUUUGACGUCCGAACAAUUCCUGGGCUGCAAGGUUAGCAAUCCUGUGGUUCAGCGGCUGCUGAAGAAGGUACUGCAAUCGUGCUCUUUCUUUAUACAGCUAAAGCACAAGGACCUGGCGGACCUCGAAAGGUACUACAACUCGCCAAUCAUGCUUGAAGAAACUACUGCAAAACCUCGAUUCAACGAAAGCGCCAGCAGUUUUUUCCUCGACGACGAAGAGUUGGAGACGCUGUGUCAAAAGCACAUCUCGAGCCUGCAAGUAAUGGAUUUCGAUAAAUUCGUGAUCAUUGACAUGGAUCACCGUAUCGCAAUGUUCCAGUGGUGCUUAAUUAUGUGUGCUUAUUGCUGCAUCGAUGCUGUGGACAAAGUCUUGGUAGACUGUCUGCUGCAUACGCUGCUAGCGUUUGGACUGAAGAGUGUCAGAAUGUACAUUAGCAAGGUGAAAAAGAUUUGGACGCAGCGACAGCUUCGGUACAAAAAUACUUCCGGAAAGGUGUUCACGCUCGACGAAAGCUAUGACCAGCAAUUUUUCACAAAGACUGAGUUCUCGUUUCUCUUCACCUAG